CCUCCUCCAACUCUUCUCCCUCCGGCCGUUGGUGGGGAGGAGGACGGAAGAUAGCAUCGCCACCAGCUUCUUUUCCUCCCUCCUCCUCCAUCAUCCAUCUCUCUCUGCCUCUUCCUUCCACCUGAAGGAAGCCGGUUCGGGCGUCCUGCUCUCGCUCAGCUCGGCACCCCCGCGGAAACCGAACCAGGAGAGCCCAGCCCCGUCUUCUUGGUUGCUCGUCUCUCUGUUUGUCAGCAGCCUGCUGCUGCUCUUGCUUCGGCUUCAGAGAGGCGCCAGGGCGCCCAGCGGAUUGCCUCCGUUCUUGGUGCUCUCCGAAGAAGAGAUAGUAGAAGAUAGAGAUCGGAAGGAUUGUCUCCCAUGGGGAACUGCUUGGGGGGCAGCUCCUACGUCAACAAGGUCUCCUCCACCGCAAAGCCAGAGAGUCCUCCUAAGGUGCAGAGCCCGUCGGAAGUGGACCGGAGCGACGACCGCAAGCUGCCAUCGAACCCGGGCGAGGUAGAGGCCCUGCGGCGGGGCGCGUCGGCGGCGACGCGGCGGAACCCGCUCGUGGCCUUCUCCUUCUCCGAGCUCAGGACGGUGGCCAACGACUUCCGGAAGGACGCGCUCAUCGGCGGCGGCGGAUUCGGCCGGGUGUACAAGGGUUCCUUCGCGCCGCCGGCCGGGGCGGCAGACCCGAGCGGCGGCACCCUCCCGGUGCCGGUGGCCGUCAAGGUGCACGACGGCGACAACAGCUUCCAGGGCCACCGGGAGUGGCUGGCGGAGGUGAUCUUCCUGGGCCAGCUCUCCCACCCGAACCUGGUGAAGCUGGUCGGGUACUGCUGCGAGGGCGAGCACCGCGUGCUGGUGUACGAGUACAUGGCCCUGGGCAGCGUGGAGUCGCACCUCUUCUCGCGCACGUCGCCGCCGCUGCCGUGGGCCACGCGGAUGAAGAUCGCGCUGGGCGCGGCGCGCGGGCUGGCGUUCCUCCACGACGCGGAGCCCCGCCCCGUGAUCUACCGCGACUUCAAGACCUCCAACAUCCUGCUGGACGCCCACUUCAACGCCAAGCUCUCCGACUUCGGGCUGGCCAAGGACGGGCCAGUCGGGGAGCAGUCGCACGUGUCCACCCGCGUCAUGGGCACCUACGGCUACGCGGCGCCCGAGUACAUGAUGACGGGCCACCUCACGGCGUCCAGCGACGUCUACAGCUACGGCGUCGUGCUGCUCGAGCUGCUCACGGGGCGGCGCUCGCUGGACCGCUCACGCCCGCCGCGGGAGCAGGCGCUCACCGACUGGGCGCUCCCGGCGCUGCCGCACAAGAAGCGCGUGCAGGGCAUCGUGGACCCAAGGCUGGCGGGCGCCGGCUGGGACGACCCGCCGCCCGCCAGGGCCGUGCAGAAGACGGCCAUGCUCGCGUACCACUGCCUCAACCGCAACCCCAAGGCGAGGCCGCUCAUGCGCGACGUCGUCGCGUCGCUGGAGCCGCUACAGCAGCCGCCGGAGGACCCAAACGCCCACGCCGCCUUGUGAUGUGAGUAGUGUGUUGUUGAGACAUCGGAGAUCUGCCAAUGCAAGCUGCUGGCCGGAUGAAGUGCAGCAGGAACGGCGGCUGGCUGGUCGGGGCUGUCCUUGUCCUUCCCGGCUGUCCGUUCCGUGGAACGAAAAGGAACGAAGCAAGGUACAUGAUGUGACUGAUGGAAGUAUGUGCGCGUGUAUCAUAUGGUUGGUACUAGCUUAGCUAGGCAUGGGCAGAGACGAUACAUGCAUCAUUGCUUCUUCAUUGUUUCCAGUUUAGUU